UAAUUCAUUACCACGGGCCAUCCCCUCCCCGCCUCCACUAAAAAAACUCACAGCAGCAGUGCUGCUGCAUUGCCAGUGGAGCACAGUCCCACCACCCACAUUACGCGUCGCCUUCAAGAUGGCUACUUCAUGGAAGAUGGGACGAAAAUUGGUGGUUUUUGGAGUUUAUACCGUGUUGGUCCUGCUCCAUUGUCACAUUAGUACGUGUGGUGCUGCGCCCGUUGAUCCCGAUAAUGUAACAGCCCUAUCACCAGAUGACUCUGCUGCUGCCAAACCAGUUGCCGUGGUGACCACAGCAGGAAAUGCGGACCCGUCAGCCGCAGUAGAACCCAGUGAGUUUGACCUCACAAAAUUCAGCAGCCCAGCAGCUGCUGCUAUCCAGCCAGCAGGGCCAGACUCUACUCCUGAUGCUGAUGCCAAGCUAAAUACACCUGUGCAGCUGCAGCCAGCCGUGCAGUCAGACCCGGUCUUGACACCGGCUCAGGACCCACUGGUGGUUCAGACUGGGGCGGUGGCGGCUCCUGAUCCUGCUCAGCCUGUGUCAAUGGCAGCCACUAAGGUGGAGGAGGCUAUUCAGGCCGUUGCGGGUGCCAACACGUCCGUAAACGUCGUCCUUCCUCCUGCCAAAGCCGAUCCUCCAGCUCCAGCUGCUCCCCAAGCUACUACCAUCACCUCCACCACCACCACCACCACCGCUCCUCCACCCGCUAAAGUACCCGCCAGCACAGCGGCAGCGCCGGCCCCAACCACCGUCGCCUCGGAGCCAGACCCUUCCACCAUCAUGGACCUCAACCUCCCUCAGAAGAACACGGCCAUCCAGGGGGAGCCCAAAGUGUCCGACAGCCCACUCUUGCAGGGCGACGACGAGGAGGAGGACGAUGGUGAGGACUACUAUCGGGACACCACAGUGGAGCCCGGGGUGAGCCUGGACCAGGACGAUGGAGGCGAUCAGGGGGCCGAGCGGAGGAACAACAACAACGACCUGGACACAAACGCAGUCACCGAUCAGGAUGAGGAUGACGACGACGACAUGUACGACCCGGGGAAGAACCUGAUCCCGGAGAGGCCGCUGACUGGGGAGGAGCCGGUGAAGAAGUUUGACAAUCGGCUGCAGGACGUGAACAUCUACACCAACCCAGACGAGGACACGCACUUCUUCUUCCACCUCGUCAUCAUCGCGUUCCUGGUGGCCAUCGUCUACAUCACCUACCACAACAAGAGAAAGAUAUUCCUGCUGGCCUCCAGCCGUCGCUGGAGAGAUGGCAUUUGCUCGCGCGGCGUGGAGUACCGGCGACUGGACCAGAACGUAAACGAAGCCAUGCCCUCGCUGAAGAUGACCAACGAUUACAUCUUUUAGAGCCUGGGGAUCAGCAAGGGGCGAAAGAGUCUGGAGGAGCGGAGUCCACAGAUAUUGGGAUAUUUCCAGGGUUUUGAUGGCAGGCCAAACGAGAACUUAAUCUUUUUUUAUUAUUAUUAUUAUUUAAUUUUCACACCCUCGAUCAGAAUGUCGAGAUGCCGUGGAGAUCCGGGGUUUGCUGGUGCCACGCAGUCUUUUUUUUUUUUUCUCCUUUCAGAUUUUUUAAUAAUUAUCAUCAUUAUUAUCAACUAAUUAAUUAAAUUAACUAUUUUUUGUUUAUACUGUAUUUGGAGAGUUGACUCGUCUCCAGAUUGUACUUUAAACUGUGUUUGCUCCCUGCUGUUUUAUUGCACAACUGAUGGUUCGAUGGGUUACUCGGUCACCGAGUGUGACCAUGUUAUAGAUUAUGUAAAAAAAAAGAAAAAACUAGAAAUGCACUCAGAGAGUGCAGACCUCCGCCAAGGAAGCUGUUUCAUAGAACAUUUGACUAUGUUACACCCUAUUUUAAUUUUAAGUCUUUCUGCCUUCUUUUUGUAGAGUUAGAAACUGGAAUCUCAAUAUUCGGCCUGUCCUCCCGCAAUUCAAUUUGCGGUCACUAGGGGCGUCUAGAUUUCUAGGCUAGCAAUGAUGAAUAUUCUUUUUUUUUUUUUUUUUUAAUUCUGGUUCCGUCUCGUGUUCCGGAUCACCACCAAAAUGUAAUCACUGGUUCCUUGGUAAUUUUCAACAACUGCACAAAGUUUCAUCCAAAUCCGUUCAUAAGUUUUUGAGUUUUUGACAGACAAACAAACAGGCAGAUAGACAGACAAACCAACACGACCGAAAACAUAACCUCUUUGGCGGAGGUAAUGAAAAGUUAAGUUUAUUUUUAACACUGAUGGAGCGAGGCACUGAGUGCAGAAUCAACCUACUUGACGAACGUACAUUCUCUCUUUAAUUUUCCAUGGAAUCUGGAUCUGGGAUGCUAUUAAGUACUUGCUUUUUGAUAUGGCAACAAAAUGCAAUAAUUGUACUGUCAAUCAACUCAAUGUUUUAAGAAAAAAAAUGGGGAAGUGAUAAUCAAAGAUAUCAUUUUUGAUAUGCUGAAGUAUGGGAAGUGUUUUCUUUUUAGCUCCCUUCUUUUCAGCAACGUCUGCUCGUCAGACUGCUAUUUAAUACUUGAUCAUACCUUGCUGGUAGCCUCUUAAUGCACGCCGUACCUCCUGAGGGACGCUGCAAUAGGCAUUGAACGUUAACUACUAUAGUACUACACUACUAUGACAGUGCACAGGGCCUUUAGUAAUACAUUGCGACUUGGUCAUUGCCAUUCUGGUAACAGCUCAUUUAUAAUGCCGUGUCUUAAGGGGUUAAUUCAAACACCUGUCUCUCUUUUUUUUUAGUAUUUGAGUUAUGACUUCAGUGAAGUCUACAGAGGAUGUUUGUCGUGACUUGCUGUUCGUUUGCAGAGGGGUGAAAGGUGCAUCUGUCUUUUUUUUUCUUUUUUUUCUGCUCACUGUUUUCUUGGUCUCUAUGAUUCAGUCUCACAGGCAUUGUAGCUGCAUGUGGCCAAAUUAUCUCCAAAAGUGCUGUGUGCUAUUUGUGCGGAAAGGUAGAAUUUCGUCUACUGUCGGAAAGUGCAAAGAUGGGACUGAUGAGCAAAGAAGGCUGCCUUGCCACGUCACCACAUUUCUAGGGUCCUGAAAUGUGAAACUGUCCCGCACCUGUCUGACUGGGACACGGGAGGGGACGUUAUAGUGAUUCAUUUUUGCCAGAGCAUCCGUAUGUUGUUUACCAGGGUUGGAAACAUGGCGAAAUGAAAAAGAAUGGCACCUGUAUUUUGUAGCUGUUGUGCAGUCCAGUGUGGGGGAAAACUGAUCGCAGCAGGCAUGAAUUGUUUCCUUUUGUGCCUCUGUCCUCUCAAUUAGCUGCAAGCGUUAUUCACUCUUUUUGUUAUUAAAGCACAACUGUAAAUAUA